UUGAAAAGGCUUAACCAAAUUUUCGCGUUUUUCCAGAGAGUUCAUAUUUUUAUUCAUCUGCCUUCUCCUUCCCUAUUAUUCCUUUUUCCCUCUAGACAACUAAAACAUGUUUCAAUUAAAUUUCUGUCUUACACUUGGCCAUUCGAUUUUGAUUAUAGGUUCCCAAUAGAGAUGGAGGGCUCUUCACCGGCAAUUCGAAAUAUGUCCUCCACAACCAUAACAGACCUCGACAUGGAUGCAUUGAUUCAGUGUGCAAGUCACUUGAAUCUCCAUGACCUAUCCAACAUGGCCAUGUCCAGUAAAUAUCUACAAACAGCCGCUUAUUCUGACCCUAUCUGGCAAUCCCUUUUCAGACAGCAGUGGUCUCCACUAGUACGUACUGGCUUUCCUCGCACAUCAACUGCUAGGGAAGCAUACCUUGCCAGGCGUACUGAUUUGCUGCAGUUCAAGUUCAUUGACCCUGUCGUUGUAGACUUUACUACUGAGGCAAAACAUCACGAAAAUCUGCAUCUUGACAAAGAUAAUAUCAUAUUUUCUCAGGGCUCUUCAGUUCAUGUAUUGAACAUUGAAAAUUUUCUGUAUGGAAGAGAUCCAUUUGUCACACUCAGGGAUCACACUGCCAGAAUUUUCACACUCAGGGAUCACACUGCCAGAAUUACUUCUCUGAGAUUAAUUCCAUGGGAAGAGACAUGCUUGUAUAGUAGCAAGAUGCAGAAAAAUGAUAAUCUUUUGGUAACCUCAAGCUUUGACCAUUCAAUUCGGCUAUGGUGGAAGGGGCAUUGUCAAAGAAGUUUCAGAGGCCAUAAUGGUCCAGUUUCCACACUUUCAGACAAAUUGUUGGGUGAUCGUCCGAGUAUAAUACUUGCAAGCGGUGGUUUAGAUGGAACUGUUCGAUUAUGGUCCCUUGAUUCUAGUGGAAAGCGCGGCCAACAUGCUUUAAAGGCAACACUUUAUGGGCAUGAGAAACCUGUAGUGCUGAUGUCAGUUGCCGGGCACAAAACAUCUCUUCUAGUGAGCAUAUCAAGGAACUCCAAGGUGAUGGUUUGGGACACUGCUACUUCAUCCGCUGUCCGUUCUUCAUGCUGUGUAGGAAAGAGCACUGUGCCUGGUGCACCUAAAGCAAUGAAGUGUCACGAAUCACUGAUCUAUACUGCAGCUGGUUCCUCAGUUGUUGCAAUUGAUAUAAGAAUGAUGCGUCAAGUCUUCAAAGUGAACCAUCAAGAAGAACUACAUUCAUUUCAAAUGUUGCCAGAGAAAUCAUUGAUCUGUACUGGGUUAGCUCAAAGAGCAAUGCUUUGGGAUGUCAGAAGAGGCAGUGACAUACAGAUGGGAGAAGCAGUGGCUGAAUUAGAUGGACAUAUAGGCAAUGUAAAUCUCUUGCACAUGGAUCCCUACAAAAUUGUUAGUGGUGGAAUGGAGGAUCUCCAGGUACAUGUUUGGGAGACGGGUAACGGUAGACAAACAAAUUCUUUGUUUUGCUGUCCCCGGUGUGAUUCCCGUCCAGGCUUCGGGUGUUGUGCAAUGGCUGUGAAUGGAUGUAAAAUUGUUACAGCUUGUAAUGACGUAAACCAUAGUGACCUGUGUUUCCGGGACUUCAACAACGCCGCGGUUCCUAUUUCUUCUGAUUCAAGCAUCCUCCAAUCAAAAUUUUGGGGUCCUCAAGCACACAGUGAUAGUGAAGAAGAAUCAGAUAAUGAUUUAGCAUAGCUGCCCCCCGAAUCUAAAAUCUUGCUAUUGAUUUUCUUCUUUACUUUACACCAAUAUUUUGAGCAUGGUAUCAGAACAGGUCCAUUUCCAUUUGGACUUCCUUCCAUGCUCCAAGUGGCCUCGGCUUGAAGGGGGCGCAUUAGAGUGAGUUAAAGUCCUACAUUGAUUAGAGAAUGAGCUAGUGGUUCACUCAUAUGGACUUGGAUAAUUCUCCUAGGCUCUCCAAAUAUUUAAUACAACGAACGUCAACUUACAUCAGAUCAGAUUUUUCUUUUCAAUGUUCUUGAGCUAGUUUAUGAGUUUUUAGUAAAAAGAGCAUAACAAUAGUAUGAAAAUUUAGAUUUCAUCCUUAUUUGCAUGGCUUGCAGCUACCAGCUACUCUCCAUCUCAAUUUAAAUGGCUCACUUUUUAUUUUAGUCGGUCUCAAAAAAUGACAAUUUCUAUAAAGUAUUUUUUUUAUUCAAUAAUACUUAUUCAGUUUAAAAAUUAA